GAAUUUUUUGGAUUUAGAGAUUAUUCUUCCAAGAUGGCUGCACAGGCGGGAGUAACGGAGGUGUCUGAUUUUCAGCCAUCAGAGCCUCACCCUGGCUUUAGUAAUAAUACAUUCUCCGCUGUAGUAGUGGUUGGAGAGGCCUGUUACUCGGGACUCAUUCCCUCAGUGAUCUCGGCAGUGGUGACUGGAGUUCUGUCCUGGGAUGUUCCUGGUGCUAAUCUGGAUGAGCAGCUGAAGCUGUUUGUGUCUAGGCAUUCUGCUACCUUCUCAAGUGUGGUAAAAGGACAAAGGAGCCUCCAUCACAAGGGUGACAUUUUAGAAACUCUCGUGCUGAUAAACCCUUCAAACGAGUCUGUCUGCGCUGAGGUACGUACGUUAAUAACAGAUGUUUCUAGAUACAAGCUACUGCUGUUGGCAGGCCCUUUCUUGGAAGAUGCAGGUGAAUUAGUCCUCCAUUCUGGUUACUUCACACUUCAUGAUUUUAUCCAGAGUUUUGCUGAUAAAGAGAUUGGAGACCUGCUGAGUUCUGCUGAUCCUGCAACCAAAGCUUGCUUAACAGUAGCAUGUCCAGAUUUUGGAGAAUGGAAGAAUUCCAAUAUAGAUCAGCACAAUCUUCAAGACUUUAUUGACAUUCGAAUUAAUCCACCUAGUGUGUUGCCUGAAAUGGAAGGUCUGUUAGAGUUUGUGGAAUAUUUGUCUGAAUCCUUGGAGCCACCCUCUCCAUUUGAACUUCUAGAACCACCUACCACUGUUGGGUUUCUCAAACUAUCCAAACCUUGCUGCUACAUAUUUCCGGGUGGGCGCGGAGACUCUGCCUUUUUUGCUGUGAAUGGAUUCAAUGUUCUUGUUAAUGGAGGUUCUAGUUCUAAAUCUUCAUUCUGGAAACUGGUACGUCAUUUAGACAGGGUAGAUUCCAUUUUACUGACCCACAUUGGAACAGAUAAUUUAGUAGGUGUGAACAGCUUGCUGCAGCGGAAAGUAGCUGAACUGGAUGAGGGUCAUUCCCAGGGUUCUCAGAGUAAUGAGGACUGGAUGAAAAACCUGAUUUCACCUGAGCUUGGAGUAGUGUUUCUGAAUGCUGCAGAAAAGCUUAAGCAAUGUGACGGACAUCCUAAGGUGUUGAGAAGCUGUGAUGAGGCUAAUUUGCUAAUACAGUAUUUAGAAAAACUGAGCAUAAAGCCUGAGCCGCUUGUCAGGUCUCCAACCAAUAUAAAUGAGCCAAUAAUUUUAUUCCAGAAAAUGGGUGUAGGAAGACUUGAAAUGUAUGUUCUGAAUCCUUUAAAGGGCAGUAAAGAUUUAGAGUUUCUUGUCCAUCAUUGGACAGGUGACAAGUGUCCAGAAGGGUCACCAGUACCUCUAAGUUGUUCCACUUCAGUCUGUGCUGUUUUGGUGUGGCACCCUGCAAGUAAGCUAGAAAGGAUUAUCCGCGUUUUGUUCCCUGGCUGUGCUCCACAGAGCAGGAUUCUUGACGGUCUAGAAAAAUUAAAGAACUUAGAGUUUCUGAAGCAUCCAGUUGUUACUCCCAAAGAUCUGGAUACUUUCACAACUCCUGCAGAUAAGCAGUCAAAACCAAAAAGAACAGAAAGUAAAGAGAGCCUUAAGUCUAAUUCUAGACUUAGUCUUACAGACUUAAGAUCUGGACUACCGAGAGAGAAAGUAGCCAAAACAGAAAAAAAAGAUGCUAAGCCCCCUGCAAAGGAAAAAGUGAAGCUGUCUACUGAAUCACUGAAAGACCCAAGUUUAAGUACAGAGAAUGAAGAAAGAGGAAAAGGUCUCAAAUCUAAAGCAGAUUCAAAGGCAAAGGUAGUAAAAGAAAAGCCUGCUGUGAAGAAAGAACCUCUUAAAGAUGAAAAGAAGGAAAUCAAAAAAGACAAGAAACCAAUAAAAGAUGACGCUCAGGCAGCAAAAGAAGGCGAGAAGAAAGAAACAAAGCCAGAGAUGAAGAAAGAUGCAGUAAAACAAGAACAGAAAAAGGAUGGCCCAAAGGUCACUAAGAGAGAGAGUAAAACCGAAGUUAAAAAAGAAAUUAAAGAUGAUUCCAAAAAAGAGGUGAAGAAAGAGGUCAGGGAUGGUAAAGCAGAUGAUAAGAAAAAGCAGACUGUUAAAGAAGUAAAGAGAAGUUCUCAGGGAGCUGCUAUGAGUAAGAGUGGAACACUUAAAAAGGAUGGAGUAGCUCCCAAAAAAGAUUCUUCAGCAGGAGGAAGAGGAUCAGAGAAACCAAGAACCAAGACAUCAAAGAAGGACAGUGAUCCUAAGAAACUCGGAAAUGCCCAAGUUGAGGAUGCAAAAUGCGAGUUGCAGGAAUCCAAAAUAUCAUCACCAGAGGACAUGACUGCUGAAUUUGAAAAGUUGAAAAAUGAGGAAGCAGACAGCAUGCUUUCAGCAGUGCCGUCUGAGGGUAGUUUUGAAACUACAAAAGGGGAAGUGGUGCAUAAUCUUCAAGAAAAUGGACAUGUGGGAGAUAAAGGCUUUUGCCAUGCUGUUGGAGAUGUACAGAUCAAGGGUUUUCAGGACUGCAGUAGUUUUUACCCUUUGGAUGAAACUCUAGAGAGUCCAGACAGAUUUAGAUACCUUGAGAAAAAUACUGCAGCAUGCAUAAACUCUCCUUCUCCUCUUGCAAGGACACCGAAAAGCGAGUGCAGUCUAAAUUUUGAUGCCACAGGACCUGAAGUGGGACUGGUUGGGGAUGCAAAAAAUGAAUUCCUGAGUACAUGCCAAGAAGCCAUUGAAGACCUUUGUGCGAGUUCAGAAGAAAAGACGUUAGAAAUGGUAUCUCCUUCAGAGUCUAGACCAGCAAGUGCUGGUCAUACACCCUUCCACCAAUCACCUGUUGAUGAUAUGACUGUUUCUGUUGAUGGCUCUGAUCAAGGGAAAAUUUCCAGUCUCAAAACAGAGAGUAGAAAUCUAAACUCUUGCAGAUCUUUGGAUGCUGCCUCUUCAAGUUCAAAAUCUUCUCGUGAAAGUUCUACUUCUUCAUAUGAAAAGCAAACUGGUCGUCUUUCUUUAAGUCCCUUUAAGGAUGAUGUUCCAGAUGUGUCUCCAUCUAUUACAACACCUUCCCUUCCAGCAGAAGUAGGUUCUCCUCACUCUACUGAAGUUGACGAGUCCUUAUCUGUAUCUUUCGAGCAGGUUCUUCCACCUGUAAGCGAGUCUCCUCAAGAAGAAAGCAAUAUACCUUACUCCAAUGGCUUCACUCCUGAAAAUGAAGCAUUCCCUGGAAAAGGGGGGAUGAACUUGCCAUUAAGAUGCUCUCACAACUCCAGACAGGGUGAAUGUGAUGGAAUAGAUGGUCAUUUGCAUCGUCGGGUUCGUAGUCACUCAGAUUCGCCACAUGAUGUGGAUUUGUGCUUGGUGUCUCCCUGUGAGUUUAAGCAUCCAAAGUCUGAACUCUCCCCGUCUUUCAUUAAUCCAAGUCCAAGAGACUUGUCUGAUGAUAGCGAUCUUUCUCAAGAAUUUGUUAAACCUCUGUCCCAGAAAAGAGGUCAGAGAACACCUACGAACAGAAAGCAGCAGUGUGGUGAAACCCCACCAACAUCAGCAAGCGAGUCUCUUCCAACUCAGUCUGAUACAGAUGUGCCACCAGGAACAGAAGAUUGUCCAUCAAUUACUGCAGAUGCCCUGGAUUCUGAUGAAGACUCUGAAAAUCUUGCGGUCCGAGCAGUGCCUCAGCAAGAUACUUUAGCUAAGUUUCGAGACCCUCCUCCUAUUCCAUUGACUGAUCCUAAUCCUUUACCACCCCAACCUGGAACAUGUAUGGUAGAUCCUGAAAUUCUUUCAGUUGAUAAAACAAAAAGUGAGAAGGAUUCUGCCAGUGGCAAAGAAAAGACCAAAAAAACAGCUCUUAAAGCCAGUCUGUCUAACACAUCGCAAAGAAGUGAAAACACCAGGCAGUCACUGGCAUCUAGCAAAGUGAAAGGUGCACAGAGUUUAGCUAAGGAAACAAAUGAUAAGGUUAAGACAGUUGGCAGCAAGGGAGAUCAGCCAGAUAAGGCUUCAAGAAUUUCUGCUCCAGAUUCCAGGCUGUCAACAGGUGGACGAAGUGCAGGAAGUAGUACAAGUACGAGAGCACAUGGAUCCAGUAGACUAUCAACUACAGGGCCAGGUGUUGGCAGAUCGGCAGCAGGAAGCAGUCCUCCAUCUGGAUCUCCAGUGUACCUAGAAAUGGCUUAUAUUCCAAAUGGUUACAGUGCACAGACUGUGAAUGUGGACUUUUUUAAACUGGUUCGUUCAUCCUGUUAUGUUAUUAGUGGGGAGGACCCUUUGAAAGAAAAGACAAUGAGACCAAUUCUGGAUUCUCUCCUAGAAGGCAAAGCACUCUGGGGAAAUGAUGUUCAGGUAACGCUGAUACCAACUUUUGACUCUCAGGUCAUGCAUGAUUGGUACCAGGAGACUCAUGAGAGGCAGCAAGACCUGGGAAUCACAGUACUGGGAAGCAACAGCACCGUGGCCAUGCAGGAUGAGACCUUCCCAGCAUGCAAAGUUGAGUUCUGAGACUACAUUCUUCAACACAGUUUCUCUGCAGUCAAUGUUGGUAGACGCAGCUUAUGUCUCAACGGUUGUUACCCUAAUGGGGUUUGUUUUGCUUUCUGUGAAUGGUUAGUGGUCCUUUGCACAAGCUACUGCACUCGGAUGUUGAUGAAGGACUUGUAUAGUAGCACAGGACCAUGUUGCAAAACAGUGUAGCAACAAAGCAGUCCUGCAAGUGGGACCCUUCCAGACAUUUUUGAGGGUGCUUUUGAUUUGAAAAUCUUAGGGAGGGGCACCAGCCCUACCUUCCUUAAGUCAUGUGAUUGGUACAGGUAGCACUGAAGGCAUUUUAUAUUUCUUUGCAGUUUGUUACUGUUCAGUAAAAUUGCUAGGCCUGCAUCAUUGUUAUGCUGUUGGUAGUUGCACAUUUCUGCAAUAUUUCACACAAGGUUGUUAUAGGAAGUACAGUUGUGUCUCCACUCUGGACUCGAAAUCUGCCACAAUGAGAUGAUGGGGAAUGGGAGCAUUUUUUAACUGUUAGCCUGUUCAAAACUGUGUUUGUUACUGUAACCGUUGCGUUUAUGAAUCCAACUAGCUGCUACUUUUUAUAACAUGCCCCACAUACGGUUAUAUUGGAAAAGAACAAUCCAUCAUUCCCAUACUCUUAUUUAUUAAACUGUAGUGAAUUUUCUUGACUGUACUUCUGAAGCAGAAAAUCUAAGUCAUUUUGUGGCAUGUGAAGUUUACAGAACUUUGUCUAAAUGUCCAAUAUUGUCAAGUGUCCUGACAAUUUGUAUUUUCAUUACCAAGUGUGAUAAUGUUGUGGAUCUGUAUCUGUUUGCAUAUUAGAACCACAAUGCCUCUCGCAAGAAAUUGAGGGAAACUUAUUUCAGUGUUUUCCUCUGCUUGCAUUUAUAAUUUGCGUCCGUUGUAAUGCGUUCUGAUUUAAACAGGUCUGAGAAGACAGGCUUUAAACAAAAACAAAAACUGGGCUGCUUUAUCUUAAUCAUUGCAGUGCAGAAGGGAGGAAUUUUGAUUUUUUUUUUUUUUUUUUUUUUUUUUUUGUAUAAAAGAUUUGAUUUUAUGAAGGAGUUUUUUUCCAUAUUCUGUGAGUCGUAACAUGUUUUUUUGCCUGUCUAUCCUGAAUGAGUUGUAAAAUGAGUACUUGAAGGCAGAUAGUUCCAGAUUUAGUUGUGUACUUUAAAAUUGUUAGCAACAGGUUAGUCAGAAACCUCUCAUUUGCCAAAUUAAUGUCAUAUUUAAGUCUGCAGUGCAGUCAAGGUACAAAGAGGAGGUUAACUUCUUUUGGCUUUUUCCCAGUUAGGGGUCACCACAGCAGGUCACCUGUCCCCUAAUGAGUGGCAGUGGAGUUUUUUCCUCUUCAGAUUUUGUUUCAUCUCAGGCUUGAUCCUAGCGGGAGACAAAAAUCAGAAGACGUGUUUCCAUGAAUAGUGUUCCAUGUUUUUUGUCUUAACACAUCAGUACAUUGUUGUAUCCUGUUAGUCACAUUGUGUGCGCUUAUCUUAGAUGUAUUGUAAGGCAUGAAGUGUAGUAGUUUGUACUCCAGCAUCUCCGGGAUGCAAUGUGGAAUACAUAACUUCUAUGCUAUGAAAUGACUUGCCUUUUUAAUAAAAAAAAUAGCUGUAUUGUUAAUAUAAAGUCAGGAAAAUGUGAAGAGCUGCAAGUGUUACAAGCCGCCUAGAACAUUGUCCACCUUUGUAAUGCUUGCAUUAGUGGCAGAGGUUUUUUUUGUUUUGUUUUUUAAACUUGCAUUAACAGUGUCUUGUGUAUCAAAAUUCAAGCCAUUGCCCUCUAAAAUCCCCAGUCAGAGCCGACUGCUUUAGUGUUUGUAUUUGCUGUGACAUGGUUUUGGAAGCAGUCACCCACCUGUGUUACUUAGCAGGAGCAUGACAAGCAUUAGUAGGAAUUUUAACAUACUCAGAAGGCCACAACUCUAAAUAUUGCAGUUUUAGCACUACUCUGUGUUUCUGAAAUAUUAGAGAUGUGAAAUGGAGUGACCAUUUGAAAUGGAAGUAAAGUUGAAGAUGCCGUGCAUAAGAUGAGUUUAAGUAUGUGGCUUUGUAGAGAUACUUUAAGUGUUGGUGAGAUAAGUGCUGAAGUGUAAUAUGCUACUGGUCAUGUACAUUAUCUGUAGCAUCUCCAUACUUUCAGUACAUAAAAUUGAUUUUGGAUGUUUUUUAAAUUAUGAACUAUAUAACCCAUCAGGAUGUUGAAGGAACUGUUUGUAUGCCAUAUGGCAUAUCCGUACUGAAGACAUUUUUGAGAGAGAUUUGUCUUUUGUUUAUGCCUGUCCAGACUUGUUGAAUAUGGCACAAGUCCUGUGCCUUUCAAUCUAAAAUAACCAUGAGACAUGUUUCAGUGUGUUCUCGGACAUCUUUGCCCAUGAUUUGCUGUUGAUUGUGGGAAUAUCUGAAGCUAAACAUGAAUGCAGAUAUUACUGUGUAGAAGAAAAAAUCUGGUUCUCAGUUUGGCAUUUUGUGCCAAGGGCAGUGUCUGUUCCCACUCCUUAUACUUUAACCUUGUAUGCUAAAAGUAUGUCAGUAAGUGACCCUUGCAGGACUGCAUGACAUUCCUUGAGCCUAUUGUUUUCUCCUAUGCAACCCAUGGGAAUGAUAAAGCCUCAUUAGACCCCCGCGACACGCAUGUGAUAUGAUUUUAGAUCCCUUUGUCUUUAGAAGUAUUGCAUUUUCAUUAUCUGACAUCUUUACAUGGUCCUUGGCUUCUGUUUAGAAGUCUGGCAGUUUUCUCACAAGACUGUAGUUUGUCCUUAGGUGAUCAUGUUUGCUUCUGUUUACAGGCCUGACAUUCCUUUAUCUGACUAUCUUCUGACAUGACUCCGUGUGUCCUUGAAAGAGGAUGAUGACGUUACUGAAACUAGUAGUAGCAGCGUGUCUUGCCUGCACACCACAUGCCAGAUAUUUUGGGAGAUUUCAGGAUACUUUUACAAUUACUAGAUUAGUUCCCACCUUUGUUUACUGGUAGGUAUAAAGGGGCUGAGGAUUGAUGGAUGGAGGUAUGUCUGCAGUGUGAUACGUAUCGUAACUGCUUGCUCCAUAGUUACUUUUGUAGCAUCAGGUGUACAGGAGCCAAUUUAAUGGUUAACCGUGCAGCAGCGAUGAUUGUCUGAAAACCAUACUCAUAACCUGCUGUCUGCAAAAUGGAGGAAGUUUUCCUGCCACCUUGUUACAUUGGUCUUGAGCCCUUCCCCUCCAUUUAAGUGUAAAGAGUACCUGCUGUGAUUUAAGCAUAGAACAAUGUAGUAGUAGUAGUAGUAGCCAAUCUUUUACUAACGCACCCUGGGUUUCAUGUAGGAACUGCAGCACACUUUUGCAUUGAAAGUGAAUUAUGUUUGAAUCAUAUGGGGCUAAUGCACUGGUCUGUUUCUAAACUUCCUGUCUAUAAAUAUCUUUAGAUUGGCAUAGUUUUGUGGUCAAGGACAUUUACCAGACCUUGUUUAACAUGGUCUUGAAUGCUUCAGAAAUUAACAUCUUGGUGUUGCCUUAAGCAGAUGUAUUUCGUAAUAUCUUGGUCUUCCUGUUCUUGGAAGGUUGUCAAAAUUUCAACGCUAAAUGACAAAGGAAUAAUUCUGACAAGUGAAGCAUCCUGCUUAACGUUUUUAGAAUUGGAGUUGCAGUGCUAGAGUACCACUUGGGGCACAUUGUCCAUGUGUGCUAUUUUAUUGUGCUUUAAGCUUGUGCUCACUAGUUUUUGGAUACUGUUAAUGUGAUCUGCGCUUCAAGGUUUUUUGUAGCUUCUAAAUGUCAUCUAGCCUCUUGUGUAGAGUUGUGUAUAUAUAAACACGUUGUAUUUCUUGUAUAAAGUUUGUGAGUUAAUGCCACUUUUUGAGGUUAGUGUAGGGAGGAGCUACAUAACUGCUUUAGCAGUACUAGUGUUCAUAUUUUCUGUUUGCAGGACCAUAAGCUUUUAUAGGCAUAUGAAUACAUGUAAUUACAGGGUCUUUUGUUAAACACCAACAUUAGUAACAUUUUCUAAUUGAGAAAAUGCAGCAGCAUUACUUUUAGGUUCCAGCUCAUUAGUAGUAAUUGUGAGGUUUCUCUGUACUUUGAGUAUCGUGGCCUAUAUUGAGAAAUCCAUUCUAGUAUUUGGAUGAGAUAGUGAAAAGGGGCUUUUUUAAAUGUUACUCUACCUGAAAACAUUUUAACUAUGGGGAACUUCUUUUACAGCACUGACGUUUUUAGCCAGACAAUAACAUUUUGACGAUGCUUAAUUGCACUCUCUUGUUCACCAUAUAUGGUGUGCCACAGGUCACCAGUGCCUGUCCUGUCUCUCUUAUCCCACCUCCUACCCCUUUUUAGGUCAAAGGACUUCCUUCAAUGUAAUGAGAUGUGCUCAGUAAUGUGAAGCAGCUUACAACAGCCAUGGUUACAUUAUGUAAAUUUAAGGAUUUAUUGUCCGUCACAGUUUCAUCCCUCAAGUGUUAUGGUUUUUUUCUUCCUUACCUUGUAUACCUAGAGUGGAAUAUACUUCAGAUUUUAGUUCACUUUUGUUUGUGAGGUUCUGCUUUUUGUUGGUCUGUAAGUGGUUCUGGGUUUCAGAAUUUCAAUGCAAUUACUUUUUUCUGCUUCAGGUGAUCUGGCUGAAAAAUGGGGUUAAAUUUUACUGUUUUAUUGGAUUGCUCCUCCUUCAAUCUUAUGCUUAUUACUUGGUGUUCAGAACUGUUUGCUUUCUUUUGUCCCCUAUUGAGGUAAAGAGGGACCUUGAUGACUUAUCUGCUUUGUAAGAAGCUACUUUCUUCAAAUAUUGUAACAGUCGAAGCAAACGAUAUUCUGAUAUUUGUUCCUUACAUGUUGGGAAUUUUUAGUAAAAACUUGAGGCAUUAAAACUGGUCCAGAAUAUGCCCCAACUCAAAACAGUUUGGUUGCAGUGACAGCAGUCCUGCUUCAGCAAAGAGAGACCACUUCAAGAAGAUUCUUCUAAGUCUAUGCAACCUCAGUACAUUAUAGCAGUCUGACUUUUGUGGGAAGCCUGCUUAGGAGAAUGUUUAACUGAUUACCAUUUAAAUCCAAUGAAUUGAUGAGAAACUUUAUGUACAUGCCUUGCCAAAAAAGGGAUAGGAUCGAAUUAAAUGUGGAGGUGCUGAGACUAAUUUUCUUUUCUUGCUUAAAAUGUGCAUAUUGUCCAAGAUCUAGGUCAAGUAUUGUAAGUGCUGUUUGUCUUGGGUAAGCUUCAGUUCGGCACUGAUGCACAGGCCUCCUGAUGUAGUAUGCCUUUUGCAGGGGUCAGAACAGUCUUAAAAACUUAAGUACUAAUUUGGAGAGGUCACCAAGCCUGGCAUUUUUGCUAGACACAAUUUAGUGUCCCCUGUUUGGUAGAACAUCAUCCAUUGUUCUAAUUUUUUUCUUGAUGGUGCUCAUCCUGUUCUGUCUAGAGGACCAAGAAGAGUUUAUAUUGUGAUUAAACUGGGGAAUGUUGCUGUAAAGGGAUCCUUGCUUAAUUACCCUAUUGCAUUUCUCUGAAUUAAAUUCUAGAAAUGCUUUUUGAGUUUUUUUUAAGAAGCUGACCACAUCUGUCAGUUAAUUGUUGGAAAAAACUACGAAGUCAUGUCUCAAUGUAUUAGGGGGUAUGCAGGGGAAAUUAAGUUAUGUAGAUGGUCUAGUAUUUUCAUGUCUCUCCUGUGACUUGAUUUGGCAGUUGUCCAGUGUUGAAGCUGCAAGUGGUCCAGAGGGAUUGCUGUUUUACCCAGGUUAAUAAAUUCAAAUAGAAUGCUUUCUUAAAUAGGUUUCCAUCGCCACUGUUGGUGGAGUUCUAGAAAUUGUGACAAGUAAUCCAUCCCUGCCAUUAAAGGCCAUCCUGUAGACUCCUUCCUGUGUACUUGUUCUUAACAGGUUUCCCCUUUAGAGGUUGGCUUAAGAUCCCUUCUUAUAUGGAGGCAGUGGAGGAAUGGCUGGGAAGCUAUAAUUUAAUUUCUCAAGACUCCUGAGAAACUAAAAGCUGGCACCUUCCAAACUGUCUGAAAGUAAUUGUGACCUUUGUCAUUUACCAGAGAAAACUGACAUCCAUAUAUUUGGUGGAUGCUUCACUCUCCAUGCCUGCUUACCUAAAGGGAAGCUCAUUUUACUCUGUCUUCAGGCCAUUAUUACCAACACAGAGUAGUAGAUUCUGGCUUGGCUGUGGCUCAGUGCAUUUACCAAGUGGUAAACUGCACUUUUGGAACAUUGCUUUCUUUCAGUAGGUGGUUUCAGAAAAGCAAACGCGUACAAAAAUUAGGAUGACAGAUUUAAAAAAAAUCCUACUUGAAGCUAUCUUUGUAGAUAUUUAUAAGAAUAGACUUUGCUAUUUUUGUAGCAGAAUUUCUACUUCAGUGAGUAAAAUAAGGUUUUCUUACAGUGAAGCCCAUUCUGAUCAGGAAUUCCAAGGCCCUCUGGUGACUCCCUGCAGAUUUUGUGUGUGGUUACAGGUCAAGAUGCGUCAUUCUGUACUGUAACCAGCAUUGUUUAACAGAUCAUAAAAUAGGCGUACUGACUCCGUGGUUAAGCAGGAUCAUUCCAGUCCCCAGAAAGAUUUCCCAUACCUUAAUGUGAUUGGAAUGAAGGCAAUUUCAGCAGCAUUCCAAAGUUUCAGAAAAGAGGUAAAGCUUGUGCCUGCAUAACAAGGCAUGGGUGCUGACAGGACUGCGUAUACAGGCAGUGAUGAUUUUAAAUGAUGAAAAAAAGCAGUCGUAUCACAAAUAACAGAUGUAAAACACUGUCAUAGAUUUUAGAAGGCAUCCAUGAGUUCUGUGUUUGUCACAAGUUUUACUGCCAAGGCAUUAUGUGGUAUGUAGAUAAAAAGAUGUAGUAUUUUGCAAGUACUUAGACUUAACUUUUGAAAAAAAAAUAGUUUCCACAGUUUUUAGUAUAUGUCAUUUAAAAAAGGCUUGCAGUAUGUCUUAAACCAGAAUCAAAAAUGUUGGGUUUUCUACAGCUCUGUUGGAACAUGACAAAACAAUUUGUGUUGUCCGUUAUUUACACUGCUUUAGUGACCCUUGCAUAUAACUAGGCCCUACUUUCAGAAAGGCAUACUGCCUAACAAGUGAGGUAAAUAUGAAGCUCAAGACUGGCAACCUAGUUUUUGUAAGGCAAUGAAUGAAUGACUAUGGUGGUCUACAGCAAGCAGUGAAGCCACAAGGCUCAUGCUUUGGUACCUUGCGUUUCAAUUAGUGUUGUAGUAAUAGCACUUCAUCCACAAUUUUUCCUCUGAUAUACUGCCUAGUGUAGGGAAACUCCACAAAGGGCAACAAAGCUACCUGUAGGAUUAACAAGUUUGUCUUAAACUUAAUUUUGUACUGUUGCAUUACUCCAACAAGGGAGUUCCUUACUGCAAGAUUCACUUUCUGUGCUUUUUUUAUUCCUUUUUUUUUUUUGAUACAGAAGAUUUUUUUCCCCCAGUGGCAGGGCUAACAGAAAACUGGUGUUGAUGUCCCCUUGGCCUAGAAGUGAGCUGUAGUUCAUUUUUCAGUAUAAGGUGGCAAGGGAUAAAAGGAUAUCUCAGAAUGUGGCUUCCAACACGCUCAGCAGUGCAGGUGCCAUUUUCCUUUCAUUCCCACUGAGUGCAGUUUUUGAAAAGUGAAGCAUCAGGCAUCCUUGUUAGCAAGGUAAUAGUUGUACUUAAUGAAGAUUUCCUUGUUGUGCUAGCAAGAACCUUGUACUUCAGCUAGUCUGCCGACAGAAGAGAAUUGCUUGAUUGACAGUUGCGUAGUGUUGCAGCCACUGACAUUACAGCUGCAUGCAUUCCGUAGUUAUCUUGCAACAUUGAUUGGAAUUUGGGUUGCUUUUCUGAGGAAAGUGAAUAGGUGUUAGAUUUGUUUCAUGUCAUCACUUACUGUAAGGGAGCCUUCCCCUGACUUAAGACUUGAACCCUCUCCUUUGAGUAGCCAUAGUCUGAAGACCUGAACUAUUUUAAGGUGAGAAGAUGCGUUUUGUGGCAGUUGGCUCUGCUUGAAGGAUUAGUGUGGUUGUGGCUUUUUGAUAUGAUCCUGCCUUUUCUCCCAUAAGGGUAAUGUAAUCCUCUGAACAAAUGGCUUUCUUACCAGAAUGUGUCUGGCCUUUCACCUGAAACUUGAAUUAUCCAGUCAGCAUUCCAGUGGCGUUCACUGAAUGUGACUUUUGUAAAAUGAAGAGGCUCUACUCCUUAGAUGUACAAAUGCGUCCCCGUUUGGUAUACAGAUGGAGCUAAAUCUAUAUCCACGACAGAGGCGCAUCUGUUCUUAAUUUGAAUAAUCUUGGUUCAGUAAAUAGCUCUGUUAAAGUGGGCAAGCCCCUGGCAUAAGCUUCCUCACAUGCAUUAGCCAUUUUCUUUGGUUGCAUAUUUUUGCAAACUGUCACUUGCAAAGCUGUUAACAUCAUGAAUACAAAAAUUAUCAGUUCUGAUAUGCUGUCCUCAACAGCAGCAUGUUACAAAUUAGCAGUUCUGUCCUUCUGCAGGUGGGUUUGCAGUUACUAUACAGAAUUUGGCCCACUUUAAAGCAUGUUGUAUUAGAUUUGGAAAUUAACCUGUAUUGUCUUCACUACCUUUACCAGAAUACAAAUCUGCUUGCUGUUUUUUGUCCUUGGAAAAUUAAUUAUUUUGGGGGGAGUAAGAAUGGCAAUCGGCAUACUCUAGGUUUUUCAGUUUCAUAGUUAUAGUUGAGUGAGAACCUGAAAAUCUGUGUUCAGAAUACUUUUGGUGUAGUACUUACUGUUAUACUGAAGAUACAAGGGGUACUUCCAUGGCUGUUGUGACCUGUUCUCGAACAAAUAACUGACCACACAACUCUCACUGCUUUGAAAGCUGCCAUAAAAGAUAUCUCUGCUGCUAGCAAUAGGAAAUAGUUGUAUAUGGAAGUUUCCAGCCUUAGAGUUGCGUUAGAUUUAGUGUGUUGUAUUAAGGGGGGGUGGCACAAUUUAGAUGAAGCUACUCCCCCCCCCCCCAAAAAAAAAAAAAAAAGUGUGUACUCAAGGUGAUCAUAUCAAAUGCAAUCAUCAUGCAUCCAUUGUAGCUUCUGUAUCCUCUGAACAUGCAUAGUGUUGCAGCCGACUUGAAUGCAUCUUUGUCAUGACAAGAUGUAACAGACUCAUUUCUUUGCUGUCCAUGUGCACAGAGUUGACUGAAUAUUUUGUCUUUAGUGGCCUGCUGACUCUGAAUCUGGAUUGUUGGUGUGUUGCAGUGACACAAGCUCAGUGGCCUCAGGACAGAUUGUUUACUCUAUCAUUUACAUUUAUGGUUAAUAUUUCAUGCUGUUUUAAAGUGAUUUUAUAAGAUUUGUAGUUUGGAAAGUGCUAUUCAGUUUUUUGAAGUUCCUACUGUGGAAUUGGGUUAUAACUCCAGAGUAAAUAAGAAUUUGAAAUUUUAUAUUAAUUACUUGGUGGAUCACCUUUUAGUGUGGCCUGCGGAGGUGGCUGCUAACUUCUAUGCACCACCUACCCAAAAAGAGUUGUGCGUUUCCUAAGAUCUGUCAUGUGGAAAUCCUCCAUUUCCAGAUGGAAGACUUGCAUAUGUCGUACAGAUUUCACUUUUCCUGCCCCUUCCCCUUUUGUGGCAUAGGUAUGCGACUUUAGUCGGGUAGUACCCUCAGGUAUGAAGUGGUUGGCUGAAAAAACUGUUACACCUCAAAGGCAUUUUUGGUUUCUGACAUUCCAAAAUAGAAUUCUGUCUUGGACAUGCAAAGCUGUAAUGGGAAGAUGCAGAAACUAUUAUUGUUAGCUUUGAAGUAUUGGUAGGCACUUGUCAGUUAUUUGAAGACGCGUUUACUUGAUUUUCCUGGGGAAAAAUGAAUUUUGGUCUCCAGUAAAUGUGAGAUUUUGGAGAGAGAAUUUAGUUAUAAUCUGUGCCACUGCUUUUGUAGUCCAUCCUUUUCAGUAUUUAUUUUUUUCUUUUAUUUAAUUUGUUUUUGACACACUAUUGUAAUUUUGAGCUGAGGGAGCAGAAACCUGAUUUUCAUGUCGCUCGGCUUUUUUUUCUUGAAAUCUGUAAAUGUAUACAUGUAUAAUAUAUAUAUUUAAUAAAUACUGAACACUAACUUUUUGUUUUGUAAAAAUGAAUAAUAAAAAGUAAUGCAAUGCUGUGAAUGAA